CCAGAAGUCAAGUAUAGAUUAGAGAUGUUUUAAGCCAUGCAAUUUUCUACUUGUACAAUUGAGAGCAUUCAUUCAUCCAAAAGUAUUCAUGAUGAAUCCUCUGCAACUUAUCUCUAUUUUCUUACUUCUCUCAGCUUUAUUCUCAGCCGCUCUACAGGUCAAACCUGGUUGCCAGGAUCGGUGUGGAGAUUUACUGAUUCCAUAUCCCUUCGGAGUCGGCCUAAAAUGCAGCCUCAACCCAUAUUUUAACAUCAGCUGCGAUGCUUCCACUUACCCUCCAAAAGCUUUCUUCUCUAUUAUGAAAAAAGAAGUCAUUGAAUUUAAUCAAACUUACAUUCGCCUCAAAAACCCUUACAUGAUUUCUGCUUGUUAUGAUUCGUCCACAGGCAAUCAACAUCGUAUGAGUGUAAACCUGACAGGAAGUCCCUAUAUGUUUUCGGAUGUAAACGUGCUCACUGCCAUCGGUUGUGAUGAUAUGGUGCUGCUAUCCAACGGAAGUUCCUACACUGGUGGCUGCUCGGUGUUUUGCGCGUACAAGAAUGUUACAAGCAGCGUCGGAAAUUGCCGUUUUAAUGGCUGUUGCCAGCAAGAUAUCAUAGGUUGGGAUAUUACAAGAAGGGACCCAAGAUUGGUGGAAGCAGAAGUAAUUGACUUGAGCGGAAAAGCACUACGCAAAAAGCUGUUUCCAUGCAGCUAUGCUUUUAUUCAGGAGAAAACUUUUAUAAAUGAAAGCGAAUUUUCAUAUCCUUUGUACUACCUGGACAACUCAACAGCAUUGGUAAAUGAUAAUUGGGCAUCAGCAACAAGACCGCCAAUCGUGCGCUUGGACUGGUUUGUUCGGAGCGAGAACUGCAGUCGAGCUAAGAGUUCAACAACUUACGCAUGUCGACACGACAAGAGUGUUUGUGUUGAUAGCUAUUACAGUAAUGGUAUUACAGGAUACACAUGUAGCUGCGUUCAAGGAUACGAGGGAAAUCCUUACUUACCGGGAGGAUGCCAAACAAUUUCUAGUUCAAUUGCCAAAGUUGAAUGCUUAGAUCAAUGUGGGGAAGUAUUGAUUCCAUUUCCAUUUGGUGUGGGACCAAGUUGCUACUUGGAACCGUCUUUCGAAGUUGUUUGCAACACGGCCACCAACCCAGCUAAACCAUUCCUCCGCCUCUUAAAUACUGAAAUCGUUGAGCUGAACUCAUCAAAAAUUGUGGUCAACUAUAUGAACAUAGCUUCAACUUGCUACAAUAUGUCAGACUCUCGAGUUGGAAUUACUAAGCCAGAGGAGCGAAGAUUGACUAUUGACUUGUUGAAAACGCCAUAUAGAUUAUCAGAUGGUAACUGGAUCAAUGCAAUUGGUUGUGAUUUUAUGGCUGUUGGGAUUAUUGGAGAGGGCAAACGUAGUUCCAUUCGCAGCAGUUGCGCAGCCAUUUGUCUUAUAAAGUCUACCUCAUGGUGCAAUUAUGGACCAGUAUCAUUUGGAGGUGAUGGCUGUUGUAGAGUACCCAUUCCAAGAGGUACGACUUAUCUUGAAGCAAAUUUGACCGAGCUUAGUGAACGAUGGACAAAUACUGAUGUUUCUUGCAGCUACUCCUUCAUUCAAUACAUUAAAGAAGUAGAUAGUUAUAAGCAUGGAUUUCCGUUUAUGAAGAACUCAUCGGACUUCCGACUUGAUACGGCAGUGAAAAAACCGAGGAGCAUGGCUUUAGAUUGGAGAAUUGGAGUGGAUAAUUGCAAAGAUGCGAAAGAUCAGGCUAAGUUCGUGUGUCAAGAUAACAGUGAUUGUGUUGAUUUUGAUGGAGGAUACCUCUGCAACUGCACCAAAGGAUACAAAGGAAAUCCUUACCUUAAUCCAGGGUGCCAAGAUAUUGAUGAAUGCGCUGAUAAUUCAACUAACACAUGCGUCUCAAAUUCAAUUUGCGAAAAUGAUGUUGGGACGUUCCAUUGUUCAUGUCCAAAAGGAUAUAUUGGUGAUGGGAAGAAAGACGGUAUAGGUUGCAUUCAGAAACCGCCAUCGAAAACCAAGAUGAAUAUCGUUAUAGGUGUAGGAUCUGGAUUGGGGUUUGUGCUUAUAUUCUUAGUGGUCUAUUGGUUGUAUAAACUAUUGCAAAAGAGAAAGAAUGAAAUGGUUAAAAAGAAAUUCUUCAAACGAAAUGGUGGUCUUCUCUUGCAACAACAGGCGAAUGAAUGCACACUUGGAAAAACAAAAGUUUUCUCUGCAAAAGAAUUGGAGGUAGCCACAGAUGACUUUAACGAAAGCAGAAUUGUUGGACAAGGGGGCCAAGGCGUUGUCUACAAAGGUAUGUUAUGUGAUGGUAAGCUUGUGGCGAUAAAAAAAUCAAGGUUGGUCGUGGAGAAUCAAUUAGAACAGUUUAUAAAUGAGGUGGUGAUAUUAUCACAACUCAAUCAUAAGAAUGUGGUCAAGUUAUUAGGGUGUUGUUUAGAGACUGAGGUUCCUAUGUUGGUUUAUGAAUUCAUGCCAAAUGGGACAUUGUUUGGUAUGAUUCAUGAUCAGAGUAGUGAAUUUCUACGUACAUGGAACAUGCGCUUGAAAAUCGCAGCAGAUAUAGCAGGGGCACUAGCGUACUUACACUAUGCAUCUUCUGUGCCUAUUUAUCACAGAGACAUCAAGUCUAGUAAUAUCCUUGUAGAUGAAAAGUAUGUUGUUAAAGUAUCAGAUUUUGGAACUUCAAGAUCGGUUGCUAAAGAUCAGACUCACUUGACUACUCUAGUCAAAGGGACUUUUGGAUAUUUUGAUCCAGAGUAUUUUCAGUCGAGUCAGUUCACAGAAAAGAGCGAUGUUUAUAGUUUUGGGGUGGUUCUUGUUGAGCUUCUCUCUGGGCAAAGGCCGAUAUCAUUCGAUAAGCCAGAAGAGGAGAGAGGUCUAGCAACAUGGUUCCUUACAUGCAUGGAAGGAAAAUGUGUGGAAAAAAUUUUAGAUCCUCAAAUUUUGGGACAAGGAAAAAAGAAAGAGGUGAUUCUAGUUGCGAAGCUAGCACAAAGAUGUUUGAACCCAAAAGGGAGAAUGCGACCAACUAUGAAAGAAGUGGCUACAGAAUUGGAAAGUUUGAGGAUUUCUGGAAUGUCUAGAGGUGCUAAAGUUGAAUCAGAAGAUGUGCGAUACUUUGAAGAUAUGCCUACGAUGAAUUCAGACAUUGAGGGCCCAUGGGAAAAUAUUUAUAAGAAUGCAUCGACAUCAAACACACAUCCCUUAUGCUAGUUACUAUUUCAAAGUUCGUCGUAAUAAAAAUCCACAUAUGUGAGAGGAUGAUCAACACUUGGUUCAAUGUGAUAUAUAAGAUUCAAAUUGGUUUUACUA